ACCUCAGAUUUCUACACCGACCCGUUUCGUUACUAGUCUCGUCCUCUCUUUUAUUUUAACCAAUGCUUGCUUGAGAUUCAAUCGAAAACUGAAAUUCGCACGCCUCCGCUGCUCGCCGUCGCCCACAUCGGAAUAUUCCAUUGGCACAACCGUGAAAUCAUCUCAUCAGAUCAAAACGGGGUUUUAACUAGGAUUGUGUGGAUUAAUGGGGAAGAAGGAGAGCGAGGUGUCUGCAAUGGAGAUCGACGAUCCGAAGUCUGAAAGCUCUGAUCAGAUCCUUCCGAGGUUCUCGAUCAAUGUUCUGCAGCUGAUGAAAUCUUCUCAGGCGCAACAUGGUCUGCGUCAUGGUGACUAUGCUCGCUAUCGGAGGUAUUGCUCAGCACGUUUGAGGAGGUUAUACAAGUCCUUGAAAUUCACUCAUGGCCGUGGUAAAUACACUCGACGAGCCAUUCUUGAAUCAACCGUCACUGAUGUUAGGUUCCUUCAUGUGGUUUUCUAUAUGGCGGAAAGAGCAUGGAGCCAUGCAAUGGAAAAAAGACAGUUACCAGAUGGGCCUAAUGCACGGCAGCGGAUAUAUUUGGUUGGUAGGCUAAGGAAGGCAGUUAAAUGGGCUUCCCUUUUCUCAAGUUUGUGCUCUAUUAAGACAGAUUCCAGGACAUCACUGGAAGCUGAGGCAUAUGCAUCCUAUAUGAAAGGAACUCUGUUGUUUGAGCAAGAUCAAAAUUGGGAAACUGGGUUGGCAUGUUUCAAAAACGCCAGAGCUGUUUAUGAGGAACUUGGGAAAUAUGGAGAUCUAGAAAACCAAGUUCUUUGCCGGGAACGGGUUGAGGAGCUUGAGCCUAGUAUUCGAUACUGCCUACACAAAAUUGGCAAGUCAAACUUGCAGACAUCUGAACUUCUUCAGAUUGGUGAGAUGGAAGGCCCUGCAUUGGAUCUUUUCAAAGCAAAAAUAGAGGCUGCUAUGGAAGAGGCUAGAUCUCAACAAGCUGCAUCUCUUACAGAGUUUAAUUGGCUUGGCUACAGAUUUCCGGUUUCGAACCCAAAAUCUCGGGUUUCUAUUUUAAAAGCCCAGGAACUUGAGAAGGAGCUACAGGGUCCGACAGCAGAAUCUCUCCCUGUAGAGAAAAAGCUAACCAUCUUUGAUAAAUUAUUCACUGCAUAUCAUGAUGCCAGGAACACAAUACGCAAUGACUUGGUAAGUGCAGGAAAUGCUGAAUCUGUUAAAGAUGACCUAAAUGGUUUGGACAAAGCUGUUGGAGCUGUGCUAGGACAAAGAACCAUUGAGCGGAACCAGUUGUUGGUUAAAAUAGCAAAGAGUAAACUGAACAGGAAACGUGAUGAUAAAAGUGAAAAGGUUACUAGGCCUGAAGAGCUUGUUCGAUUGUAUGACCUUCUAUUACAGAAUGUCGCUGAUCUUUCUGAUCUCAUUAGCUCUGGAAGAGACAGAAAACCUGAAGAGAUUGCCUUUGAAGAAGAGUGUCAGCGCAAAAGCUUGGCCUUCCGUGCUGAAAGGUGCUUCUACUUGGCAAAGUCAUAUAGUCUAGCUGGAAAGAGGGCUGAAGCAUUCGCCCUGUAUUCUCGUGCUCGAUCUCUUGCUGAAGAUGCCCUGAACAAGUUUCAAAGCAUAGCAAAGAAAGAUGAGGGAACAAUCCAGGAACUGAAGACACUGAUUAAAGAAUGCAGAGCUAAUAGCUGCAUAGAGCAUGCGACCGGGAUUAUGGAGGAAGAGAGGGUUCCAGAGAAUCUGUCGAAUAGAAUUUCAACUAUAUCAAUAAACGAUACAGCUGCGCAGGUGGAGGAGAAGUACCUGUUAGACAAACUGGAUGUGUAUGAAUCUGCGGUUGGGGAUUCAAACACGAAAACAGCACCAAAGAUUGAACGGUUCCCACCGGCAUUCCAAUCAAUACCGCGUAAUCCGAUUGUUCUAGACCUUGCCUACCAUUGCAUCGACUUCCCAGAUAUUGAAAACAGGAUGAAGAAAAAAGGAGGAGGCUUCAUGAGCCGUAUUAGUCUCUGGGGGACAAAGUCCUAAAAACUUUAAACCGGCUUUCUCUCUAAGGUUAAAAAAGAAUCUCGGAUUCAAUCUCCCCUUUUUUACCAGACUCUGAAACUUGUUGCUCUUUUUUAGCUUCUAAAACGAAAUGCAUAAGAUUUCUGUUAAUUUAUUUUGUCGAUUUUUUACAGAAUCACAAUUUAGACAUUUUGUUCUUCCA